AGCACCCUGAGGAUUAUAGAGAUUUAGCUCUCGACACCAUGACAUCCAAGGGCGUGACACUGAAGUGGCUUUUUCCAUUUGCCACAUCCACUCUGGUUGUGUUUGUUACCCUAAUGCCAGCUCCGUGCAGUGCCAUCACGGUGAACUGCUCUCAGCCAGAUCAGCCGGUCCUGCUGGAGGCGCUGACUCCAAUCUUUAACCUGAGCGCCAUACGACCCGUCAUGAACAUGACGACCAGCACCAACGUCAAAAUCUUCUUCACCCUGUAUGGAAUACUAGGAGUGGAUGAAAAGGCUCAACUCUUGACCACGUACCUGUGGCUCCACUAUUGGUGGAUAAACGAGCUGGUCAGUUGGGAUCCAGUCGAUUGUGGCACCAACGAGAUCAUUCUGCCCAGAGACAAAUUCUGGAUUCCAGAUAUUGUCAUCAAUGAAUUCAUGGAUGAAAACACAGCCCCUACUGUCCCGUAUCUGAAACUCUACAGCAAUGGUUGGAUGCAUGAUGCUUAUCCGGCCAAAGUUGUCAGCUCCUGUAACCUCGAUAUCUACAACUUCCCCUUCGACAUACAGAACUGCACUUUGACAUUCAACUCCUACAUCCAUAUUGCGUCAGACAUUACUGUUUUCCUGAACAAAUCUAUGGAGCACAUCACCGAGCACUCCAAGAAUGUCAUGACCACACUGGGGGAAUGGGAGCUGCUGGAAAUCACCUCAACCAAACAUACUCUAGACUUUACUAAUGGAGAACCUAUUGACGAGCUCGCAUUUCAUAUCAGAGUGAGGCGUCGGGCCACCCUGUACGUGGUGAACCUGCUGAUCCCCAGCUGCUUCCUCAUCACGGUGGACCUCUUCAGCUUCCUGCUGCCUCCUCAGACUGUGGACCGCUCCUCCUUCAAGAUGACCCUCAUCCUGGGCUACACCGUCUUCCUGCUCAUCAUGAACGACCUGCUGCCCACCACAGGAAACUCCAUACCUCUCAUAAACGUCUUCUUCUCUCUCUGCUUGGCUCUGAUGGUGGCCAGUCUACUGGAGACUAUCUUCAUCACCAACCUACUGUGCGGCUCCGCAAACUUCUCUCCAGUCCCUCACUGGAUCCGAGUGCUGGUCCUGCAAAUGCUGGGCUGUCUUGUUCCCCUGCCACAGAAGGUCAAAGAUUCAGACGUAAAGCGAAGUGCUGUGGUGGCAAAGAGGGAGGAGCCUCAAGUCGAGAGGGGCCCACUGGUGGAGGACAAGGCCGUGCAGGAGCUGAGGAGCCUGGGUAAGGACCUCCAGGCUCUUCGCCUCCAGGUGGAUCAGCAGCUUGGUGGAGCCACGAGCUCCGAGGAGUGGAUCCAGGUGGGUUUCACCAUAGACCGCCUGCUGUUCGGCUUCUACAUCCUCUUCAUAUCAGUCAGCUUCAUUACCAUCAUUAUUAUCUGGGUGAACUCAUACAAGCAGUAGACCUCUGUUUCAACAUCCUCCAUUUUGCGUGAUAGUGAUUCAAAUGUUUCAAUCAGUUUCUGAUCGGUUCAUCAUAAUGUUUUAAUGCUUCUGAUCAUUUUCUCAUUUAUGCAAUAGAGACAGUCUAUUAUAUGGUUAAUGUAUAACAAAUGCUCAUAGUAUCACUAGUGAGAAACUAAAAUAGCUCGUCUGCUUUUUGCAAUUUUUAAAUGGAGGGAACCACUGUAUGCAAAAUAAAAGUACUUGGAAAAAAAUUCUUUCAGUUUUUGAUUGACAUUUAUUUCAAACAUACUGAUUGUGUUCCAAUAAUUGUAUUUACUUUUCAUUUAUUUAAAAUUUGUA